UACUCUCUAAUCACUCCACACCGUUUGCUUUUCAUUUUCCCCCUAAAUUUUAAGAAAACCUCCGCCCUGUGAAAUCUACAAAUCCCCAUUUCUCUCAUUCUCUCUUUGGUUGAUGAAAGAUAAUACUUUAUUCCUUUUGGAUCUUCCUAAUUCACUAAUUGUUGCUCUUGGGUUACAUUGGCGAAUACGGUAUGAUGGCUCCUGAGGUUAAAAAGCAGUGUUGUGAAUCUUUACCUUUCGAUGUACUUAGCAAUCUUCCAGAGAAUGUAAUUGAUAUCAUUUUGAUGUGUUUGCCAUUUAGAGAUGCGGUGAGGACUAGCAUCUUAUCAAACAUAUGGAGAUAUAAAUGGUGCCGACUUCCUGAGUUGACACUUGAUGAUGCUUUUUGGAAAACUAAGAAUAACUUAAUAUGCCAUACGACUGCGAUUACCAAGAUUAUCUACCAUAUUUUGAUAUUUCAUGAAGGACCGAUUACAAAGUUUACACUCUGUGUUCCUAAGUCGAGAAGUUGUCCUAUGAUCGAUGACUUGAUAUAUUUCCUCGCGAAAAAUGGCAUUCGGGAUCUUGUGCUUAAACUUCCAUUCAAGAGUGAACCAUACGAAUUGCCACCUUCAUUUUUCAAAAGCUUGCAGUUGAGGAAUUUGAAUCUCCAGAAUUGCUUAAUACUUCGUCCACCGACCUUCAAAGGACUUGAUAGGUUAAUUAGGUUGGAACUAUGUGAAGUUUCAAUUUCUUCCGAGGAGCUAGGAAGUUUAAUCUCUCAUUGCUUGUUGCUCGAGCAUUUGGUGUUGUAUAUUGCCGAGACUUACAGCAACCUCAUUGAAAUUAAUGCUCCCAUGCUGAAAUCAUUUUACUUCGCAGGCAGUGUAAGAUCUAUCUUUUUAAAGAAUAUCCCUCUUCUGGCAAAACUUUUACUUGCAUCUAGCGACACAGAUUAUUUCGGGGAAGAAAAAUGGGAUAUUGUGAAGUUUUUCGAGUCGUUUGAAUCUUUUUCUGCUCUCGAGCAUAUAUACUUGAAUAUGAUAUUUGCUGCAGAAGCGAGUGAAGUACCAAUGAGGCUUCCUUUUAAUCUUAACAGUGUCAAAAGACUUGACAUAAGUGUUGAUCUUUAUAACUCGGUUGAGGUGUCAUGUGCUCUUUGCUUGAUAAGAAGCUUCCCGUAUUUACAAUAUAUGGAUAUUUCGGAGGCUUAUCCUAAAUAUGAUAUAGAAGAAGCUUAUCAAGUAGAAUGUACCUCGGAUGUGACGUUUAAUCACCUAAGGGAAGUUAGGCUAACACUUGCUAGUGGCUCAAUCAUCGAGAUGCAGCUUGCCAAACUUCUGUUAGCUAAUUCUCCCAUGCUAGUGAGAAUGCUCUUCGCGUCGUGUGUAGUUAAAGCAUCUGCUGCAGUCAAAAAACUCGCUGCUGAGUUAACAACAUUUCAGCGUGCAUCACCUAAAGCAGAGGUGUCCUUCAUCGAAAACUAGUACAUGAUUACAGUCCUGUUUAUUGAUCUUCUUCAGGAGUCUAUAAUCGGACCAUGAUGUUUGGCACAAAUAUUUUGCAAGUUUAUGUGAAUAGCUAGAUAGUACUCUGAACAUCAGUUUUGGGAAGAUUAGUGAAUCUGUGUAGAUGAUUUGACUUAUCUGUUGCAUAAUAUGUUAUUAAAAUAUGAAGUUCUCUUGGACUCACUUCUGUCAAGAAAUUUAUGAUUAUCUAGACUUUUCGUGUGUAUAGUCCAUGAAUUUCUUAGAAUAUGUGUGACCAACUCUG